UGACCAGUGGGGCCCGCCGGGAGUUGCUCUAUGGUCUAUGUAUGGAUGCUGGUCCGUCGAGAAGAGGACCGUCGGCGGCGGCUGAGGCGGCGCUACGAAAGCCGGUCGUCGCCCCCGCCACCUCGCGCGUUCCGUAGCCCAUGCCAUGCUAGCGAGCAAAUCUCUACCCGAGGGCUACACACAUGAUGCCGCGCCAUCUUCGUCUGGGCGUUGGCGCCCGCUCCCUCGCCACGGCGGCCAUCCGGCGCGGGGACCUCGCCGGCGCGGCGGAGCCCGAGGCCGUUGCGUCCACGACGCCCCAGCGCAAGACCACAGCCGACUACAACCGCCUCCUCGCGGGCUACGCGAGGGCGGCGCGCCCCGGCGGCCGGCGCGACCGCCUCCUCGCGGACGCGCGCCACCUGUUCGACCGAAUCCCGCGCCCGGACGCCGUCUCCUACAACACGCUCCUCUCCUGCCACUUCGCCGCCGGCGACGUCCGCGGCGCGCGGGACCUCUUCGCCGCGAUGCCGGCCACGGCCAGGAACGUCACGUCCUGGAACACCAUGCUGUCCGGGCUGUCAAGGAGCGGCGCGGUGGGGGAGGCCAGGGCUGUGUUCCUGGCGAUGCCCGCAAGGAACUCCAUCUCUUGGAACGCCAUGGUUUCCUGUUUCGCUCAUGCGGGGGACAUGUGCGCGGCGGAGGAGUGCUUCGAGGACGCGCCGGACAAGGAGAACGCGGUUCUCUGGACCGCGAUGGUCUCCGGGUACAUGGAUUCCGGCCAUGUGGAGAAGGCGAUGCAGUUCUUUGAGGCGAUGCCCGUGAGGAGCUUGGUAUCGUGGAAUGCGGUGGUUGCUGGAUACGUGAAGAAUUCACGCGCGGAGGACGCCUUGUGGGUGUUCAAGACAAUGGUCAGGGAUGCCGAUGUGCGGCCAAAUGAGUCAACGUUAAGCAGUGUGCUACUUGGAUGCAGCAACUUGUCCGCACUAGGAUUUGGGAGGCAGGUACAUCAGUGGUGCACGAAGUUGCCGUUGAGUAGGAGAGUAACUGCGGGGACGUCGCUUGUGAGCAUGUACUGCAAGUGCGGGGACUUGGAUGGCGCAUGCAAGCUAUUCAGUGAGAUGCGCAUACGGGAUGUGAUUGCAUGGAAUGCAAUGAUUUCUGGCUAUGCUCACCAUGGAGAUGGGCGGGAAGCUAUUGAGCUGUUUGAAAAGAUGAAGAGCCAAGGAGUUGAGCCUAACUGGAUCACUUUUGUGGCAGUAUUGACAGCUUGUAUCCAUACUGGAAUGUGUGAUUUUGGAAUGCAAUGUUUUGAGAGAAUGCAGGAAGUCUAUGGAAUUGAGGCCCGGGUUGAUCAUUACUCUUGCAUGGUGGAUCUUCUCUGCCGAGCCGGUUCGCUUGAAAGAGCCGUGAGCCUGAUUCGCUCAAUGCCCUUUCAGCCACAUCCUUCUGCCUAUGGCACCCUAUUGAAUGCUUCUAGAGUUUAUAAGAACAUGGAAUUUGCUGAGUUCGCUGCUGGAAAGCUGAUCGAACAGAACCCACAGAAUGCAGGGGCCUAUGUACAGUUGGCAAAUAUUUAUGCCGUAGCAAAUCAGUGGGCUGAUGUGUCUAGAGUAAGAAGGUGGAUGAAGGAUAAUGCAGUAGUCAAAACACCUGGAUAUAGCUGGGUUGAGAUAAACGGUGUGAUUCAUGUGUUCAGAUCAAAUGACAGAUUACAUCCUCAGCUUAGUCUGAUUCAUGAAAGAUUGUGCCAGUUAGAGGAGAGGAUGAAGGCAAUGGGUUAUGUUCCAGAUCUUGAUUUUGCACUGCAUGAUGUAGAUGAGAGUCUGAAGGUGCAAAUGCUAAUGAGGCAUAGUGAGAAGCUUGCUAUUGCUUUUGGUCUGCUUAGUACUGCUCCUGGGAUAACCUUGAGGAUUUUCAAGAAUCUCAGGGUUUGUGGAGACUGUCACACUGCUGCCAAGCUCAUCUCCAAGAUUGAGGAUCGAGAAAUCAUCCUGAGAGAUACAACACGUUUCCAUCACUUUAGAAGCGGGCAUUGUUCUUGUGGGGAUUACUGGUGAAGAACGUUGAUAACAAGUUUAGAUGUAAACUGGCAUUUUUUUAGGAAUGCAAUAGUAUUUGAUUGCUUACAAGGAUAGCGGUUGGUGCAUUGGAUUUGUGAAGUAUUCUCAUACUGGAUAGAAACAUUUUGUUAGAGCAAGCACGCAGCUGGAAAGCAAAUGGUGCCAAGACAACAGCUGAAGGAUUUUGCUCCUGGAGCAUCUGAAGGGCCCUAUUUGGCAUCAUUUCUUGAUGGUGACCACAAUCAAGAAGGAUGAUCUACUCUCAAACAUAUAUAUAGAUGGCAAAUUCUCCCGGACGGCCUAAAUUAAUUCUGGGGUACUGUAGAUGCAAUUGAUUGUGCAUCCUCUAUCUUGCUUUCGAACAUCAUUCCAACAACUCAUAUAUGAACAUAAUGAAAACUUGUGGCAUUGAAGGAUCAGCUCAGUAUCAGACAGCGACUACAUUGCUGCUGAAGUGCUGGAUGUCAUAUCACCAUGUACAGUCUUAGUUGGAAUUUCGUGGUCCCUGAGCUCUGGAACAAUGAGGGGAUAGACGAGCCAGCUUUCACAAAGCCAUAAAUUGCUGUGGAAUCUGCAGCAGGGAACUAUUAUAUGAUUUGCAUUGUGCUGGAACAAAGGUUAGCCUUGUAAUCUUGUUCUGCCUGUUGCAUCAAGUAAAAAAUUCGAUGGGUUUACCCCUAGUCUGCAUGCAUGUAUCUCUUCUUGGAAGAUUGGGUGAUUGGAGAAGCCCAAGAGUUAUUUUUAUCCAUGAUCCAUAUUUUGUUGCAUGAACUGUAAUUUAGUCCUGCAGUUGCUUGAGGCUUGUGUAUCUCAUCUCCUAAGAAUGUCUGGAUAUUUAUAUCCUGUUAAUCAUCAAUUAAAUUCCAUGUUUCAGCAA